CAAGUUCUGAAGUUGAAAGUGACAAACUGACAGUGAAAGUGUGAAACUUUGUUGGACUGUAAGUGACUCAAUCGCAUACAAGCUGCAGGAUGUCUCUGACAGUGUCUCAGGAUGAGGGGGUGACAGUGAUCACCUUCACCUCAAAACCCAACAGUGAAUGGCCGAUACCAUGUCAGAUCCUGUGCGCUCUGUGCCACAGUCCAGCAUGUGCCGUAUCACAGCACAUCAAAGCAAAGAUGAUGAGCAUCUAUGCGACACUUGGGAUUGUGCAGAUUAUAGUAGGAAUCCUCAUGACAGGGAUUUUAUUUGUAAGAUCUGGGGUAAAAGAUGACAUUUUGAUGAUUAAUGCUCCAUUCUGGCUUGGUGGUGUGUUCGUUGUAGUUGGAGUGGUGUCUAUUGUUGCAGCUCGGUCUCUCAGUUAUUUUCUGCUGCUCGUCACUGUGGUGUUGAACACAGCCACUGCUCUGCUGGCUAAGAUAGGCCUUGCACUGUAUGCAUGGGAAUUGAUGAGCUUACAGAUUACUACAAAUAUGUCUUUUCAAGAGUCUUAUCAAAAGAUGAUCCGUGAAGCACUGGAUAUCACUAUGAUGAUCUUUACAGUCCUUCAGCUCUGUGUGGCCAUCAGUUUCACUGUCUUGUCUCUGAAAGAAUUGUUCAGAAUGAAUUCUGUGAAGGACCCUCAGCUUUACAAGCCACUCAAAGAAGAGAUCAUUGCAACACGUUCUCACUCCCAGCUCAUCACAUAUUGGCGCUUGGUCAGGACCCAUUGGCUGGGAGUCUGGACCAAUCAGACAUACAUUAAUUGUUACAUUUAACAAAUAGUCUUUAAACACAACAGGCCAGCUACAUGCUGGAGCUCUGGAGACAAACCCCCAAAGCAACUAACACCCCAAAAGGGCUCAGUUGCCAGGACAACGAUCUGAUACCACAGGUUUUAUUGCCUCAAGGAAUGCAAACGGAGCACACUACAUUUCUCUAUAGGAAAGACACAAUGCCUAUAGAAAUGGACUCUUUCCUACUCAUUCACAGACAAACCUUUCUUUGACCUUCCUAUUACACAUAGCCCAGGUCAUUGUGUACAGUACUACUGCAUCGUAUGUUAAUUUUGUCUGUAUUGUUGUAUUUGUCUUUCUACUGUUUUAUGCAUGUAUUAUGAUAGAUGACUAGUCAUACAGCCCAUCUAUGCAGUGGUGGACGAAGUACACAAUUUGAGUACUCGAGUAAAAGUACAGAUACGUAUAAUAAAAUAUUACUCCAGUAAAAGUAAAAGUGCUCCUCUUUCAAUUUUACUCGAGUGAAAGUACAAAAGUACCAGAUUUUUUAUGUACUUAAGUAAAAAAGUACUGAUAGAUUUAUUUUGCAAUUUUAUAUAGGCAGCACAUACUUUUUAUAAUCCUACUGUUGUUGAUAUGGACUAUGUUGACGAGAGUGAUGUAGUAAUAUUCAAUGUGAAGCUUACACAGCAAUGUACCUGAGAGAAAACAGAUUUGACCAUCAUAUUUUCAACAGUAAGAAAAAAGUGUGAACAAGUAAAGCUUGUUUUGCAUAACAUCACAGUUAUAUAUGACUUGAGAAUAAGGACUGAAGUUAACAAGAACAUUUUAAGGAAAAUAUAAUUAUAUUAUCAUAAUGAUUUUUUCCUUUCAAAUAUUGUCCAUGUAAAAACACCCCUGGCCAAAUGCCCCCAGAGGGCAUCACUUCCCACUUCAAUAAUUACUGUAGUUACC